AUGCCGGUUAGUAUAUUGACACCAAGGCUUCUAGUGAUAACCAGUUCAUCUUCAGCGACCACUACAUCGGAAUUUCCGGAUUACUGUAUGGACUGUGGACCGACGAGAGUUUAUUCAUCAAUUUCGUUUGAUUACAUUCAUGGAUCAACAGCCACGACAACACAAAUGGGACCAUUAUUUGAUUUAGUUUCGUUUGAUAAAAUUCAUGAUUACAUUUAUGAAUUAAAAACUUGCGAGACUCUUGAUUACAUAAGGAUCGGAAGUAAUUUGUUAUCUGAUUGUAUGGAUAAUUGUGCGAUUAUGUCUGCUUAUUAUUUAUCAACAUACACGAAUAGCAAACCAGAAAAUGGAUCUUUAAUGGAAAAGAAAUGUUCGGCAUGUGAAAUGCUUUUCACAACAAGAUCAGAAAGUUGUGACAAAAUCUUCGAUUGUAGUAAACGAUCAGGGGAACAGUUUUGUUCACGAUGUUCUGAAAAUAUGUUUGCUUGUGAUAAGAAAACUUGUAUUCCAAAAAGAUGGAAAUGCGAUCAAAUUGUCGAUUGUCUUAAUGGAGAAGAUGAAAAGAAUUGUGAGUUUAUAGAUUGCACUGAAAAUGAAUUUCGAUGUGCAAAUGACCGGUGCAUAAACAAAACACUUUAUUGUAAUGGUGUAGACGAUUGUGGUGAUCGAUCAGACGAGAAGACCUGUUCAAAACUGACUGAUUCCAAUAGUUUUGACUGUCAACGUUUAUUUAUCCCAAGCUCGUGGCAUUGUGAUGGUGUUGUCGAUUGUUACAAUGGUCUUGACGAGAAAAAUUGUCCAACUGCUAAAAACUGUACAAAGAAUCAAUUUAAAUGUGAUAAUCGUAAAUGUAUUCAUGUCAAUUCAGUUUGUGAUGGAGUCGAAGAUUGUUGGGACAGAUCAGAUGAAAAGAAUUGUGAUAAAACUAAAUGUGCAGACAAUCAAUUUGAUUGUGGUGACCAAUGUAUUCCAUUACAAUGGCGAUGUGACAAACGAAAGGAUUGCUUGAAUUUAAAGGAUGAAAUGAACUGUAACAUUGAGAUGUACAGAUCCUAUCGGCUUGAUUCAGAUCUUCGAUGUGUUGAAGGUACAUUUCCAUGUGCCGAUCGAUCGGGAUGUAUUUCGAACGAUUUUGUUUGUGACAAAUAUCCUAAUUGUAAAGAUCAGUCUGAUGAAAUGAAUUGUCCAGAUAGAAACGAUUUACUAUAA